AUGGAACCCCUUAGCACACGCCGGCUGCACGUGGGAAGAACAAGCCAACGCUCUACGUGCGUUCUGCUUUGCACCUCCUGGCCAGGAGAGGGCGCGCUCUCCCAGCUCACGAAGGAGAAACGGAAGGGGCGGGGCCUGCGUGCAGCGCCAGCGUGGGGCGGUGCCGGAGCGCGCCGGCGUGGGGUGCCGUCACGCGAUAUCUGCGCCUGCGCAAUCGGGAGCGGUCUUUUCCUGACGGCAGACAAGAUGGCGGAAGUGGAGCAGAAGAAGAAGCGAACCUUCCGGAAGUUCACCUACCGCGGCGUGGACCUGGAUCAGCUGCUGGACAUGUCCUACGAACAGCUCAUGCAGUUGUACAGCGCUCGGCAGCGUCGGCGACUCAACAGGGGUCUGCGGCGCAAACAGCAUUCCCUCCUGAAGCGUCUGAGGAAGGCCAAGAAGGAGGCGCCCCCCAUGGAAAAGCCAGAGGUAGUAAAGACACACCUUCGAGACAUGAUCAUCCUGCCUGAGAUGGUGGGAAGUAUGGUGGGCGUCUAUAACGGCAAGACCUUCAAUCAGGUAGAAAUUAAGCCUGAGAUGAUCGGCCACUACCUGGGUGAAUUCUCUAUCACCUACAAGCCUGUGAAACAUGGCCGGCCGGGUAUUGGAGCCACUCACUCCUCACGUUUCAUCCCUCUCAAGUAACCCGGAUCCUAACAAUAAAAACACAAAGGUUCUUAGUGAA